CGAAGAAGGUGAGGAAGCACAGGAAGCGAUCCGGAGGACAAGAGCGAGAAGCGAAGAGGAGAGAAUCCCUUUUCAGAGCAGGAAGGAGUGAGAAAAAAAAACACACUGAAUAACAUUCUGUGAACGGCUUUUACUUGCGAGCAUGCAAUCAGCUGGAAGAUGUUCCCCGCCCCGCGGCGGCGCCACACGAGGCAACUCGGACAUUUCGUCUUCGUCGCGUUUCCAUCCCUCUGACCGCCCUCCUCGAGAGCCUUCUCCCUGCUCUCCCGUUGAUUCGUCUGCUUUCUCCUGUUCCUCUUCUUCGUCUGCCCUUUUUCCGUCGAGACAAUUCGCUUUGCACAGCGCCGAGGAGUCAGGACCAGCGGAGGCAGGCAGGCCUGGGCACCAUGCGUUCCUCCCGCAUUCAGCAGAACGACGCGCGCGCCUCCUGCCGCUUCUCCUCCAGGCGCUCGCGCCUUCCGCUGCAUCUUUGCUGCUUCGCGAGGAAGUAUCUGCGAGAGAAAAAACGACGGAUCCAGAAACGAGAGACGCGACACUACAGAGGGAAGGCGACAGAACAGUGAAGCUCGCCAACCGCCCAGUGGUGGCUUGCGGUUCUUCUUCUCUGUCUUCUUCUUCUUCUCUCUCUUCUUCUUCUCUCUCUUCUUCUUCUCUGUCUUCUUCUUCUCUGUCUUCUUCUUCUUCUCUCUCUUCUUCUUCUCUCUCUUCUUCUUCUCUCUCUUCUUCUUCUCUCUCUUCUUCUUCUUCUCUCUCUUCUUCUUCUCUGUCUUCUUCUUCUUCUUCUUCUCUGUCUUCUUCUUCCUGUCUUUCCUCUGUGACUUGUUCGUGCCGGUCUCCGUUUGUUUCCUUCGCGUCCUCUCCCGAGUUCAGCGCCCUUCGAGACGCGCUGUUCGCGCAAGUGCACCAGCUGGGAGAAGAGGAGAAGGCAGCGCACCGAGGCUGCCUGAGCCUCCUGUUGGCCUCUCGGACCUCUGCGUCUGCGUCCGUUGCUUGCUGCGGCUUCUCUGGAGGCUCUCCAACUGUCCUCUCUCCGUACGACUCACAGAAUGUGCUCCCCUUUCAAGAACAGUACGCGGGAGGCCGCGGCGCGGCGGGGGUCGACGACCGCGCAGCGGCGCGUCGGAGAGAGGAGGCGACUGUUCUGCGAGCAGUGCGGGCGUUCGGCGCGCGAACGUCGGCGCCUCUCUCGGAGACACGAGCAGGAAGAGGCGAAGAGGACGGCCGCCACUCGGAAACUGGAAUGUGCGAAGAGGACGAAAAAGAAGAAGAAGAAAGCUCGCGUCGCCGGGGAGACGGAGCGCGCGAGACGCUCGAGGAAAGGUCUUGGUGGACGGAGACGCCCGCCGACCCAUGGGAGGAAGGCGGAGAAGGAAGAAGCGAUGGAGACGAAUUGGAAGACGUCGAAAGAGAGCAAGGCCCGCAAGGCCAACAAAGCACACACCCAGCCGAGCAGAACCGAGGAGGAGACGAAAGAAGACUGGGAGAGGAGCGACUCGCGAGAGACGAGAGAGAAGAGGCAGGAACUCUGCUGCAGAUUGAAUUCGAAGAAGAAACGCGUGGACGAACCAGGGAAGAAGGAAGUGACCGAGACCCGAGGCGGCGAGGCGCGGAGAGAAAAACAGAGUCAAAGUGCGAACAAGAGACAAAAAGUCCUCACGUCGCUUAUUGCUGGUGGCAGGCGGGCGCCAGAGAAUCUGGGAACCGAGGCCACAGAGUUCUGAAAACCUGUGACGCCGUCCUCCCUUUAGAGGAAGAAACCUACUCAGAUCGAGAUACGAGAGGACAGCUCCAGGCAUGGCCGUAUCAGUACCGGGUGUAUCGACGCGCGACGUUGGAGAAUACGGUUGUGGCGUUGCCCACGGGGACAGGAAAGACGUUGGUGGCGGCGAUGGUAGUUCACACAUGGCUCGCGAACGUCUUCGUCGCCGACAAACUCGUCAUAUUCCUCGCUCCGACGACGCAGCUCGCGCGGCAGCAGCACCGGGCGAUCUCGGCCGUUCUCUCGCUCUUGCGAGACCCGGCAGGCGCCGAGGCGUCUCGCGGCCGCCUCGCUGUGCGUCUUCCAGGAGUUCUCGAGAAGGAACGCAGCACGAGAGGACGCGUCGCGAGUCGUGACGACGACGACGGGGAGCGCGCCUACUUCCGCUCUGUUCUCAGAGUCGACUGGUCGCAUCCGAAGUACUGGGCAGCCUUCUACUCGGCUCUCUCGGAGUACAAAGCCGCACUGCUCGACUUGCAGCGGCUGCCGGCGGCGCCUCAUGCCGCCUUCGACCUGCGACGCUUCCACACUGGGCGCCUCCUCGCACCCUACCGCUUCGUCGACUCGCAGCGCGCGGCGCUGCUUCGCGAGAGCUUCGCGGAGCCAUCGAACGAAGAAGCAAAUGCGCAAGCUGCGUCUCUCGAGGACAGCGAGGGAGAACGGAGCGGAAACAGAGAAGGCGAGAGAGAAGAGGACGAGAAUGAACAGGAUGUCUCUGAAGUCGAACAUCAAGCUGUUUGCUGGCCAAGGGUGUUUGUCAUGACGCCCGACAAAUUUCGAAACCUCGCCUGUCGCGGUUUGCUCCGCAUCGACCGCAUUGGACUCUUGAUCUUCGACGAGGCUCACACCGUCGGUCGACCUUUGAGAAGCCUGGGCGCCUACGCGACGAUUCUGCGGGUGUUUCUCCACUUGUGUCAAGAGGAGGCGAAACCCAGGAUUCUCGGCCUCACCGCGUCUCCCGUCCCCGACGGCAAACUCGGCUUUUUCGACCUCGAAAGCGAGCUUAAGCGAGCCAUGCGGUCUCUUGAGACCAUCUUCCAGGCGCGCAUUGUGAAGGCCGACACCGAGAGCGCGCCUGGAAUUCGAAACUGGAGCCAAGGCCAACCAGACGCGCAGAGACAGGGCGAACAACAGCGAGGAGUCAUGGGGGUGCGCCUCACGGCUGCGGGAGGCCGCGAGAUACGCGAGGCCGUCGAGGAAGAGUCUGAGCGCUCGGCGGCGAACGAGGCGAGGGGGAACGCGCGGCGAGGCAGCGGAGAGACGCGGCAGGAUCACCUGGGUGGGGACAAGCGACUGAGGACGAUGGAGACGACGGAAGGAGACGAAGAGACCUUCACAGGGUGUGCGUUGAAGACCGUUCGCUAUCAGCUGGCGCCUUCACCCUUCUACUACGACCAUGAAUUGCUGAUUCUCGAUCGCUUGACGACGCCGAGAGUGGAGGCGGGAAGACAGCAGUGGAGAGUCGCGGCAUGGCAGCCACCCCCAGGAACACUCAGAGGCUCACGAGAGCCGACAGGCGGCGUUUCGGCAGUGUCAAACGGAGACAGAGAGCAAAGGAAAGACAGGUUGCCUCGCAGAGAAGGAACAGAGAGAGGAGACCCACCGACGCGAUCCACGUCCACAAAACCAACUGGCACAAAGGAGCGAGAGACCGAAGAAGAGGAGCUCGAUGAGAAGAAAGCGAAGGAAAAGGAAGCGAAGGCAAAGAAUGGACAGGUGAACUGUGACGGACUAGAAGGGAAGAGAAGCGAAGGGAGAGAAGACGCCGUGAGGUGGAAUGGGAGUGAAGUCGCAGCCUUUCGACAUUUCGUCGAGCGCGAAGCACGCGGACGGCACACCAACUUUUCUCUUCUUCUUCAGGAGGUUCUUGACAUCUGUUCAACCUUCUUCUACCUGGAAGUGACUCGCCUCAAAGAAGGACGAGAGGCCAACGAAGAGCGGCACCAUCCUCACGAGACAACACCGGCCGAAGAAGCGCGUCAAGAAACUAUGCACAGGAUCCUCAAGACAGACUGCGGGUCUCCUUGUGCUUCCCAUCCGUCUCCUUCUUCCUCAAGUUUUCCUUCGUGUUCUCCUCCCCUUUCUUCUUCUCCUGCUGCGCCGCCUCUCGCGCCUUCUUCUUCUUGUUCUUCCGCUUCCGCGGCUUUCUCCACCUCUGCGCUCUGUUCGUCUGCUGCUCCUUCUCGUGUACCAGCUUCGCUGCGGUCUUCGUUUCUCGCGGAGGUUCGGGGGGCGGCAGACGCGAGACUGAACGUUCGGGUGAUGAGACGCCUUUGGCAGCACCUGGCGCCGCUCACCAAGCAGCGCGCUCAGCGAAACUGGGAGAACUUCCGCCGUCACCUUCUCCACGUUCAGAGCGAGCUCGGUUUCUGGAGCGUGUGGCGACUCAAGGAGAAAGUCGAGGCAGACUUGGAGGCCUGGCAGGCGCGACUCGGCGCCGCGACGGAGGAGCGAUCGCGCGCGCAGACGCGCCGCAGCAGGCGAGACUGCGAAGGCGCAGAGUGCGAGGAAAGCGAGAAAGAAGACGAGACAGACAACUCGGGGAGAGGGAAAGAGAGUCAGAAGCGAGUGCGUUUCGCAGGUGAAAAUCAACGGACGAAGGCUGGAAGGAGCGAAGAGGGAAAUCGAACUCGAGGCGACCGAGACCGCAUUAAGUCGACUCUUGCAGAGAUCCCACUCUGGAUUUCCUUUCCAUUUCGACGACCUCUCUCCUCCGAUCUUGAUCUCCAGCAUGGUUCUUCGCUCUCUUCUUCUUCGCUCUCUUCGCUGGACCCUGUGGGUGGUCAGCCGGUCGAGCGUCUGCUGCGUCGCCUGUUUUUCGGAUUCUUUUUCCUUUUCUCCAAGGCGCUUUCGACUGCGUGCUCGCACUCGAGUCUGCAGCUGACCAUGCAGCUGUGUCGCUCUCGCGACCUCGCGCAUGUGUGCCUGGCAGACGUCGCUGCUCUCGAAGGCGGAGUUUCUGGAGCAGAGAGAACUGGGAGUCUUCCACAAGUGCUCGCCUGCUCGCUCUUCUCAGACAAACUUCUGCGCCUCGACCAGGUUCUCCGAGACUCCUUCGGCAGAGCGCAGGCGCAGGCGCAGACGCAGCGGCGCGAAGGCUCCGUCGCCGACGACAAGCGUGGAAGCGGUCCAGACAAGCGAGCAGGCAGACCUGGAGACGAGGAGGAACGGCGAACUGAGGACGGGGGAGAGGCAACUCGAAGUGGACUGAGGAUCAAAGCAAGCAGCAAAGGAGACAGGGAAUGCAGCCCCAGUCCCAAGAAGAGCGGUGUACGGACACCCGUUCCUUCCUUCUCUUCUUCUCCCUCCUGUGUUUCUCCCUCUGCCUUAAGUUCUGCGCCUUCCUCGAUGUCUCUUUCUUCUCGGUUUCCGGCGGCCUCUCGAUCGCCUGCGUCGCCGGACGUCGCCUUCGGAGGCGUCCCCAAGUGCGGCCUCGUCUUUUGUCGUCGCCGCGUCGAUGCAUGGCUGGUUUGCGAAUUUCUCACCGCGCGACGCCUCGUCUUCGUCGACUGGAUCUGCAGCUCUUCGCUUGCCUCGCAAGGCGCCUCUUGGCUCUUUGGAAUCGGCAAGGCCUCUCAAGGCCGAAGCAGUUGCCUUGACCGUCUUCGCGCCAUGCACACAGUCUGGGGAAAACUCGAGAAAAAAACACAGAAACUCAACGCGCAAAAACACAGACCCAGCACCACUCCUCAGAGCCACUCGCCUUCUCUCGCUUCUUCUCUCUCUUCUUCUGCCUCGUCUUCUCUCUCUUCUUCUCUCUCUUCUUCUGCCUCGUCUUCUGCCUCGUCUUCUGCCUCGUCUUCUGCCUCUUGGGGAGAUGGAGGCAAAGGAGUGUGGCGACUCAUGCGUCGCUUAGGGUGGGGAGCUCCUCUGCAGCUCUUAGUUUCGACUUCAGUGUUGGAGGAGGGAAUCGACGUACCUGCAUGCAAUCUCGUCGUGCAGAUGGACAUGCCUUCUUCUCUCGUUCGCUUCGUCCAAGCGAAAGGCCGAGCGCGGAAGAAACCUGCCGAAUUCGUCGUCCUCUGCCCAGACUCUGGACCUUGCGGCGCCUCCUGGCCCGACGCCUCGCUGCCUUUCUCCUCUUCCUUCCCUUCCUCCUCUUCCUUCUUUCCUUUCUCUUCUUCUCUUCAGUCGCAGACUCCGGACUGCACUGUCUCUUCUCCCAGUCUGCUUCUCUCCCUGCAGUCUGUGUCUUCGCUUGCUGUUUCCUUGUCUUCUCUGUCUGCUCCUUUCUCUGUUUCGCUUCGCUCGCGGACUGGAGAGGCGCCGACGACGCCGGCCUUCGCUGCGCAGGGCUUCUCUGCUGCGGGUGGAGCAGCUUGCUACUUGCAGGCGGUGUCUCCAAGUGUCAACUUCGAGCUGGCGCGACUCCAGCUUUGCGAAGCGAAGGUGGCGGCCCUUGCCGCAGACGUCGAGGCGACAGAGCGGUUCGGCCUGCUUGGGCCGUUUCGCUGCAUGCGAAAAGUUUGCAGCCUCGACGACCUCCUCCUCACGCACACCGGCGCGAUGGUCCACAGCUCCUUUGCCCCAGCUCUCUUGAGAGAAAUCGUCGACGCAUGUACCGCGGGGAAGACCGACGAACGCACCGAGAGAGGAGCAGACGAAAGAGGAGAAGAAGGCAGAUGGGCAGAAGACACAGAAGACGAAGGAAGAGAGGAAAGGGAGCGAGGGAACGCAGAGCUGCGGACAGGGAGAGAGAAGGCGUUGGGGACUUGUUGUUCAAAUGCUCCCUCUUCUUCUUCUCUCUCUUCUUCCGGGAUGCGUCGUGUCUCGGACCUCUGUGAGACUCGGAGACAGAGGACACCGUCAGCACUACGCUUGCUUUCCACGCAGGACGGCAAGUGGAUUUUGUCAGUUCCUUCUCUGCAAGGCUUUCGUUCGUCGCCUCUCCCGCCGUUCUCGAUCGAGUUUUCGCCCACAGGUUCGGCGCCGACUCGCGCAAGCGCCGCCGCCGGCGUCCUCGCGGUUCGCGUCCUUCGGCGCCUUGUCCAAGAGGGCGUCGUCGACUCGUUCCUCAGAUGCAGAGACCGGGACUCUGUGGAGAAGGAUCUCCGAGACGAGAAAGAGAGGCGAAGGCGAGAGAACUGCGGCGGUGUGGGCGCCGUAGACCUGCUCUGGAGAGAGCUGCCAGCCUGUCUCCUCCCGCCGCGCUCUUGGCGAAACGCCCGCAGGGCCUCCGGCGACCGCCACGGAGACAGCGAGGAGACACUCCACACGAGCGCCAAGACGCGAGAAGAAGCAGCCAGAGCCGAGGAGGCGGUGAGCGGCUCGAACGAGGAAAGGAGGAGAAGCAGAGACCACAAAGAAGGAACAAUAGAAGGAGACGCGGGGGCGCAAGAAGUUGAAGAAAACGCAGAAGAAGGAAGGAAGGAAGAGGAAGGGGACCAGCUAAAGAGACUUCCCUCGGGAACAGGGAAGAAAGAUGAAACGUCUACGUCGAAUGCAAAGUCGGAGACACACCGCGAGAAGACACGAACUCCCGCUCCGCCGCCGGGCGUCACUCGCCUGUUUCUUCACAGGGUGUGGUGCACUCCCCUGACCGCUCGCGAGGCUGCUCUGGAGCGUCUCUGGGAGCCGAACGAGAAGCAACGAAGAAGAAGAAGGCGAGUCCUGAAGAAGCUGGCGGAGUCCCGCGGCUUUCUCCCGUCUCCGCUCUACGAAAGUGGAGGUUUCUGCGGUCUCUGGAGAAUCUUUGCAGACGCAGAGGCGCCGCUGCAGGCGGCUGACCUGGCGCUCGACGGCGCCUCGCGGAGGCGCCAGGAAAAGGCGAAAGAAAAGGAACAAAUCGAACCGGACGCAGGAGACGGAGAAGGAGACGAGGACGGACUCUGGUGGACAGGAAACAGACGGCAGCGAGAAGCAUGCUUUGAGAAGCGAGAACGGGAAGGAGGAGACGGGAAACAUGACCAGUGCAAAGAAGACGAGAAAUGCAGAGCUGAAAAAGAAGAAGAAGAAGAGGAAGAAGAAGAAGAAGAGGAAGAAGAAGAAGAGGAAGAAGAGGAAGAAGAAGAAGAGAAAAAGUGGAGUUGGCAAGAGGAAGAGAAGAACAGACAGCGAAGAGAAAUCCUCGAGUUGAUACGGUCGCGCAUCGACGCUGUCGUUGAGGGUCGCCGCGGACCGGACAGCGUCCUGCAGCCACUCUGUCUGCUGCUCGCGCAUCCCAUUCCGGCCACCGUCGCCUUCCACGCUCUCCACCCAGAGGCCUCCGAGAAGGCGGCGCUCCACAGGGGGAGGAGGCCGCGAACCGGAAGGACUUCUUUCUCUUUGCGCGCCAGCAAAGCAGAGAAAGGCUCAAACGCAUGGACUGAGCAAGAAGCAGACGAAGAGGGAGAAGAAGGGGAUGAAGAAGGAGAAGAAGAAGAAGGAGAAGAAGAAGGAGAAGAAGAAGGGGAAGAAGACGGAGAAGAAGAAGGAGAUGAAGAAGACGUUCCAGGUUUGAUGAGAGUGGAAGUUGAAAAGCCAGCGAAGACGAUGUUCAUUGACCUCCCAACGGAGUAUGUGGAGAAGGUUCUCUUGCGCUUCACUCACAUCCACCUCUUUCGCCUCCUCCAACUCUCCAACUUCUCUCCGAACGGCACAUGCAAUUCUCUCCUUCUCACUGUUCUUCAGUUUCUCUCUGCUCUCCCCUUUCGUCGCUUCCCUUUCCGUACAGUUCCCUCAUCUUCGUCUCUCUCCUCUCCCGCCUCAGCCUCUGCCUCCGCGUCUUGUCUAGGAGGAGAUGGCGAACCGCGAUCUCGUUUCGUCUCUCUGCCGCUCCCCGCCUGCGCGUCUGCAUCGCGUCUCCUCCCUUCUCACGCGCUCUCCCUCUUUGCGCUGCCGCCGUCUCUCUUCUCUCUCCUCUCUCUCCUCUCUCUCGCUGCCGAAGAGGCCGAAGAGUCAACAGAAUCUACUCUGCACUCGCAGUCUCCUCCUUCUUCUCCUCGUUCUUCUUCUCCUCGUUCUUCUUCUCUGUCUUCUUCUUCUCCUUCGACUUCGGCGGAGCAGCUGAAGAGGCAGAUGGUGGAGGCCUGCAGCAGCCUUGCGAAGGCGGGCGUCGUGGACUUGCAGCGAGUCAUGUUUCCAUUUUUCCUCCUGGCGCCACUCUCGCCUCUGGAUGCGAAAAGCGUAGAUCUCGACUUCAUUCACAGACUCGCCAGUCUGCGACUCUUUCUACGCAGCGGCCAACGUCGGAGCAGCGGCUUUCUGGAAGCCGGCACCUGUCCGCCUUCUCUGAUGCUGCAGCACGACCGCCGUCUCCUACGCGGCGCCGUGGAGAGUCUUCACUGUCUCCCUUCUCUCUCUGCGGUUGCGCGUCUCUUCUGCCCGGGCAACAGCGCGAGGAAACUCGACUACGGGGGUGGAAGGUCUCUGCAGAAAGCCGAGCGUCGAAGCGCAAGAAAGGAACAGAACGAAGGAGAUGCGGCGGAAGAAAACGGAGCUUUCAACUGGCCCAGGUCCCUGCUGGGAACGCUGCCCAGCUCGGACCGCGAGAGCGAGAGCGCGAAAGACACAAAAGAAAAGCGAACUCCAGGGAGCGAAAAGGGAGAACGGGGGGAAGCGGACGGCGAGAGACGAGAAGAAGACGGAGAGAAAGGAGCGACGAAAGAAGAUGGACUCUUUUCGAAAGAAGAACAGUUCUUUCGAAGGCUCCAGAGCUACAAGGGAAGCAUUUUUUCUCGUGGUGACGACGCGGCCAACGCGUGGACGACAGAGGAACAGAAGCUCCUGACGUUUUUUCAACAGAGAAAUGAAAAUGCGCUUUCCGUGAAAGAGGCGCUCAGAGAAGAAGGAAUGGAGAUUUUUUAUCAUUUGCGCUCGCGGGGCUUUGAGCCUGUCGCCCUGAGGAUGACGCAUCAAUUCGGAAGGUCUUUCCGGUUCUACAGGCUUCAAACCAUUCACCGCAAUCUCACGCCUCGCAAUGUGGUGAUCAACAGCGACGCCGGCUUCACCCUCGGAACGCUCUGUCGAGUCUACUUGAGUCGUUUCAAGCAGCGCCUCGCAGAGCCUCAUCCCGACUCUCAACGGGGCCCCCAAGGAAACUGCUUCCUCGUUCAAGGCGUCAAACGGAGACAGGGUGCCCGCCAGCUCUUCUCUCGAGAGCGCGUGGUGGACGGCGACGAGUUCGCUGGCCUCCACGCCCCUCAGUUUGCCCACCUUCUGCCCAUCUCGGAGCCGAUGUUCCAGGAAAUUUCGUGGAUGCCCGCGAUUCUCUACCAGCUGGAGGUACAGGGCAAACACUGCGACCUCGUCCAACUGGAUUUCCGGCUUGUGUCUCGAGCUCUGACAGCUCCUCAAAGUCGCCAGGUCGGCGCGGUGGACGCGGCCGGCGUCGAUUGGCAUGGUCAGCGCUUGGAGUUUCUGGGGGACGCAGUUUUGAAGUUCGUCGUCUCCUGCUACCUCUUCUUCCACGUUCACGGAGGAAAGCCAGCAGAGUCCCGCGCGGACGCGGAGCGAAAAGAGACAGAGAAGGAAGAGACAGCGCUGGAGUCGGGGGAGCCGGGAGACGCAGAAGCCGCAGAAGAAGUGGAAGAACAAGGAGAAGAACCAGAGAGCAAAGAAACAGGAGGAGAGAGAGAAGAACAAGAAGAAGAGGGGGAGGAAGAAGAAGCAAGGUGGAAGUUUUUGUUUUCUUUGCUUACGCAAGAAGAGGCAGGGCGUUUUUUCGGGGGCGUCGACGAGGGAGUGCUGUCGAGGCUGCGACAGCACUACGUCGCGAACGAUUACCUUCGCUUUGCCAUGCGUCGUUUCCGGCUCCAGGCAUACUUGGUGAAUUUUCCAUUCGUCAGUCACAAGAAAUCUCUCCUCGACCUCCGAGAGCAACCUGUCUCUGAGAAGGCGCAGGCCGACGUCAUCGAGGCUCUCCUCGGCGCGGUGUAUCUGUCGAAUGCGGACAGCGCGCUCUUCGGCGCCCAGCCAGGAAAACGAAGCGGGGGAAAGGAGACGACGGGCAAGACAGAGGACAGAGAAGCGACAGAGAAACGAGGCGGAACAGAGGAGAACGAGAGAGAGGGGGAGCGGAGGGAGAAGGAGAGGGAAGGACGGGGACGAGACGUCGGCGAGAACGUCUCGAAAAAGGAAACAGAAGGGAGAGUUGACAAGAGGCAGGCAGUCCACCGAAGACCCAGAGAAAUGCGACACAGAGGCCUCGACAAAGAGACAACAGAAGAAAGAGAGGAACAGGCUGUCGUGGGGUCUAGCUCAGGGUGCAUGGCGGCCGCAGCUUUUUUCGACGCUUACCUUCUUCUUCCGAGUGCAGUGAACAACGCAGUUCUCCUUUUUGAUGAAGAGGUCGAGCGCGAAAAGGGCAGGAGAGAAACAGGCGAAAGAGACAACAAACUGAAGGAAAGGGAGGAGAGCGAAGAGGACCGUUUAUCUCACGAAGGCGUCGCACUCGCGCCCGAUGGCGCUGGAGAGCAGAGAGAAGUCCCAGAUCGUCAAGAAAAGGAGACGCUGGAGCACUGGAAGGCGCUUCUGGUCGACUGUCUCGAGGAGGCACUGCGCAGAAGAGACAGAGGCGUUUCUGUUUCCGACCUCGGAGAAGACAGACACAAAGAGGAGAACGCAUUCCCCUGUAGCGCAAAAGACAUAAACCGAGAUGCCUGGAUGUUGCUUCCGGACCGCCUCGCGAAACAGACAGAAGACCUGCGCGCUCUCGCUCGUCUCCCGCACAUGUCGGAAACUUUCCUUCUCCUCUCCCGAGCAACAAACCGGCAGAGAACUCCGCACAACGGGCUCUCACACGAUGACGAAGAGGCUGAGGAAGAAGAAGACGAGACUGAGGAAGAAGAAGAAGACGAGACUGAGGAAGAAGAAGAAGACGAGAUUGAGGAGGAAGAAGACGAGAUUGAGGACGAAGAAUCUGGUGUUUGGAGGGAAGAGCCAAGCAGGCGAGACGUAGAAGCGUCUCAGAGGGUAUGGAUGAGCAAGAUUUUUUCGCGGUACGACACCGACGGCGGCAGAGGCGAUCUGGACCGCGUCAUGGCAGUGGACUCAGUUCAACUCAUCUACCGAGGGCCUAGACAAAGUCUUCUCUCAUCUCUUCAGGAAGGGAAAAAACGCGCAAACCUGGAGACAAGCGGAGACAGGGACCACCUUCGCCGCUGUCUCCUCCUGCUCUCUGAGACUGUCCGAGGAUGUGCCAGCAACGCGAGCGUCUUGCGCAUGUGGAGCAGCGCAGGGAACGCGACUCGAGAGGAAAGAAGAGCACAGAAAGUCGGCGAGAAAGGAAGGGUAGAGAAGAAGAAAAAGACAGAAAGAACGCAAAACGAGGAGGAGGAACAGAACGAACAGAGUCUGCACCGCAAAGAGGGCAAUGCUGGAGGGACAGGGAAAGCGCAAACAAACCGACGGACAGAGGGGUCUCUCUCCUGCGUGUCUUCAACCAGUUUCGCCUCUUCUCUCUCUUCUUCUUCCUCUUCUCUCUCUUAUUCCUCUUCUUCAUCUUCACCUCCCGCCUCGUCUUCUCUGUCUUCUUUCUGCGGGAGGCGAGAACGCGAGUUCCCUCUGAAAGGUUUGCUGACUGCGGCGAGGAAUCGGGAUGUCAUCCUGCCUGGCCUUCCAGAGACCUACGAGCGCCUCGAGUUCCUCGGCGACGCCCUCAUUGGGCUCCUCGUCACUGAGUGGCUUUUUUCGCGAUUCCCCAACUUCAGAGAAGGCCCACUCAGCGAAGCGAAAAACGUUCUUCUCUCGAACAUGUUCUUCGCCAGAAAACUCCUCCGAAGAUGCAACGCUGUGGGCCUCGAUCCGUCAACAGUCCUCAUUUGCAAGCGACGGCUUUCGGCCGCUGCUGAGCCCUGUGGCUGUGCUGCGCUCCCGAGGGAGGACAGCGAGACGUCGCGAAAAUCGCCUCGAGAACGAAGGCCAAAGGGCGGGGGGAAGAAUCGGAAACGCAGCGCGACCGCCGGAAAACAGGGAGAAGGCGAGGACGAGACAGACGCCCCAGCAGGAAGAGAGAGCAGACCAGAAGAGGAAGAGAGAGAAGAAGAAGAAAGAAAAGAAGAGAGAGAAGAAGAAGAAAGAGAAGAAGAGAGAGAAGAAGAAGAAGAAGAGAGAGGAGAAGAGGAAGAGAGAGGUCCUAUUUAUGAUUUGGGGGGGAUCUCCCGUCGCUGUAGAGGGGGACCAACAUGUUCGUGUGUCUGUUUCGUUUGUGCGAUGGAAAAACUCAGAGGCUUGGCGAGAGAUGUAGCCUCGCAGGAGGCUGCGAGAGACUUCGAGGUCUGCGCUGAAGAAUUCAUCUGGAAGAAAAGGAGAGAGGCUCCGAGGAGGCUCCGAAGAACAGCGCAGGGAUGCGCAGAGAAAGAGCUGCGCGCUGGGGGAGCGAAGAGCAGAGAAGAAGAAGAAAGCGAAGAAGAAGAAGAAAGCGGAGAAGGGAGGGAAGGCGGAGAUGAGAGGCCAAAGGGAGGAAAGACCGUGCGUGGACAAGAAGCGCUGGGGAAGGCAGAAAACAGAGAAGACGGAAAAGGAGAAAAAGAAGAAAAGGAAGAAAAAGAAGGGAGAGGAAACGAGGCGCGGACGCCUUCAGCGUGGGCACACACCAAGAGCGUAGCGGAUGUCUAUGAGGCUUUGGGAGCUGUCUCUUUUAUUUCAGCAGGUUACGAUGUCCAGGCGGUGUGGCGGGCGAUUCGGGGAGACUUCGAAAGCUGCGCCGCGCAGGUGGAGAAGUUCUUGGUGCAGGUCGUCUCCAGUUCGGGAGCAGAAGAUCCUGGCCUCGACACAGGAGGAGGAGAAGAAGAAGAAGACGAAAAAUAGAAGAGACGGAAGAAGAGGGGCAAGAAGCAGCGUGGGGAGAAGACGGAGAAGGAGAGAAAGAGGGAGAAGCAAGGACGAAGAGGCAUCGUUUCGACAACUGUUUUUCCAAUUUUUUCAUGGCGUUUUAAGUGUGUCGAGCAAGAGGCAGGAGACUCGGAGUUAGGUGAACGAAUCCUGUCGCGAGUCGAGCAGUUGAAAAAUGCGCAUGCCUGUCGGAGCGUCGGCGCUUUCACAGCAAAAGAGGUAUGCAUGCGUUUCCAGGAGAUGUUCUAGAGCAUGUCCAUGUGUAUGACGAAGGGGAACGCUGGCUUUCCAGCGACGACGUCGUGCGUCGUCAUUUUCAGUGUCUUUCGCCUCUUCAAAGAUCGAAAGAUCGAACUCUUGUCAAGCUCCAGUGUCUCCCUUCUUGCACUUCUGUGAGAAAGAAC